CUCAUUUACAGCUACUUUCUGCUACUCAAAUAGUCGUAGUAUGUCGUGAUUAUAGAAGUUCAGAAAAGUAUCACAACUUCACGGAAACGCCACUGGCCACGUUACCUCAUUAGCCUGGCUCUAUCAUACCAGCUGAAGAAUGUGGCUUUGAAGCGGGGGUAUCUGGGCCUACUUCAUAAUAAGCUGAGCUCCCAACCCCGCCAAGCAUCAAUUGCUUCUUCACUUUGCCAAGCUUUCGUUAGUUACCAGCCCAUAAGCAUGGUCGACCCCAUAUCCAUCAUUGGCCUUGUAGGCCAAGUCUCGGAUCUCAUUCAACGAGCCUACAACUACGGCAAAGCAGUCCACGAUGCUAAAGGUGAUAUGCGCAAGCUUUACACGGAGCUUUUAGGCCUCAAAGGCGUCUUGGAGCAACUCGAUAGACUAGAUCUUGCCUCAGCAGAGCCGUAUAUAGCUGACCUUGUCCGCUCAAACGAGUUUCGCAAUACGCUAUCUUCAACUUCAGAGCUCGUCGCACGACUUAUUGAGAAUUUGAACAAGAAACAAACGUCUUCUCGUCGCAUGAAUGCAUUUCUGUGGCCAUGGGUAAAAGAUGACGUGAAGGCAGAUAUUCAGGAUCUCGAACGUGUGAAAACUUGGUUCAUCGUGAUGAUGAUGGCUGAGAAUUCUACACAAAUGGAAGUUCUGGUGAUAGAGUCGCAUGAGAUUUUGAGCAUCGCAAAAGAGGGCCAGACGAGUAGGAAGCUUAAAGAGGAAGAUGAAAAGAGAGCGAUGAUCAAGGAUUGGAUCCAGCCAUUCAGCCCUGCGCAAUUACACGCGAAAGCUCUUCAAAAGAGGAUGCAAUCCACCGGUUUGUGGUUCUUGGACGGCAACUUCAAAGUCUGGAGGGACAGUGGUGAAGAUACCCCAAGAAUCCUAUGGCUUCGUGGUAAAUCUGGGUCUGGAAAAACAACAUUGCAUGCUGCUGCAGUAGACCAGCUCAGGUCAUACCACCAAGAAGCCCCCAACAUCGGUUUUGCGUUUUUUUACUGUUCUUUUGAUGACCGAGAGUCUCAGCAACCUCUCAAUAUCCUUGGAUCGAUCUUGUAUCAACUCUCAGAGCAGUAUCCCGAAGCUUUCGAUGGCAUCGAUCAGUUGCGCAAAUCCGGUGAGGUCCUGGGCGAGAAUGUUCUACUAAAGCUGAUCUCGCAAUACGUGUCCAGCUUUGACAAAUUCUACAUCUCUGUCGAUGCUAUCAACGAGAGUUUCAGCUGUAUCGAAGUGUUUGAGAUGCUUCUGCAGCUUCUUACCGACAACCCCAACGUGCGAAUUCUUGUGACAGCCAUAUCGAGUUGUACGUAUUGGCUAGAAGAUCUACAACUGCAGGAUCCGCCGGAAUUGAUUGAGAUAGAUAUGGGUAAAGAGGAUGUUGGGAAAGAUAUCGACUUUUACAUCAUGACGAGGCUCAAUCAAGAGCGUCUUCUCAAGCGACUAAGCAAGGAGGCAAAGCUUGAGCUGCGUGAAAAGAUACUCUAUAACGCGAAUGGAAUGUUUCGGUAUGCCCAGUGUCAGCUUGAUUCGCUCGGUGGCCUCAGAACCGCCAAAAUGGUUAGCGACGCACUCUAUAAUCUUCCAAAGGAUAUAUAUGAAGUCUACGAACAUAUUCUGCUCAGCAUCCCCGAGGCCGAUAAAAUUCUCGCCAGAGAAUCAUUCUUCCUUCUCUCGGUAGCCCUGCGGCCACUUACGAUACUGGAACUAGCAGAAGCUGUAAUUCUGGGCGACUAUGAAACCGCGGUUGAUGAGCAGUGUAGACUUCCAGAGCCCAUGGUGUUACUGGAAAUAUGCCAAGGCCUUGUUGACUACGACGCAACAACAAAUGUGGUUACAUUAGCGCAUUCAUCGGUUCGGGCGUAUAUCACCUCCAGCCGCACGCGCGAAGGCGAAGUUUCCUGGUUUAGUUACAAUAUCCCUGGCAUACACGCCGAUUUUGCCAAUAAGUGCUUAUCGUAUCUCCUUCUCGAGCAUUUCCAAGAUGGCUGUUGCACCGAAGAAGAGCUUGAAAAGAAGUUUGAAGACUACCCUCUUCUUCGCUACGCUUCUCGAUAUUGGCCACUUCACGCCAGGAUAUCUGAUAGACAAGGGCGCCAAGAGGCUUCUGCUUUGGCAUUCUGUCUGAGUUCUAAGAAAGCUGGAGGGGGCAACUUUAGCUUUUGGGUUCAGUGCCUGAUGCCUGAUGCAUCGAGAGAGACUAUUAUGGCAAGCGAGCCUCUUUACUACGCUUCUUCUUUUGGCCUUACGGAUCUUGUCAAAAGUCUACUGACGUCGGAAGAUGUCAAGGUUGAUGCCCGGGGUGGUCGAUACAGCUCGAGUGCGUUGCACGUAGCAUGUUACAGAGGCCAUGUCGAAGUAGCUCGUCAGCUACUCGAGUGUGGCGCAGAUAUAAAUCUGCUGGAUAGCGAUGGCCGCACCGCGUUAUUCUGGGCAAAGAGAUUAGGUAGGACUGACAUUGUUGAUCUUCUGGAGGAUCCCAAAUAUGCACAGACGAAAGGUCACGCUGUCAUGAAACUCUCGGAUCUUCCAGAAUAUAUCGACUACCCAUCGUGGUUCUGCUGUGGCUGCAAUGGCGGACCCCAACGAGGAAGAUUCAAUCAUUGUAUGGGCUGUCAUCACGAGAGGUGCGAGAAGUGCAUCAAGCUGGCUGGCCUGGAUGAUCUUGAGAAGGCUCCUGAAUCACAAAGUCGCUGGAUAUGUUGUAGCUGUGAGGCUGGACCUACAAAGGUUGAGACGAAGGAAUGCCGAGAUUGCGAGCAUGAAAAGUGUCGUAGGUGCUGGGUCUUUAAUGUUUUAAUUUGAACUUUAUGUACUUGAUAUGUGAGUCAAAGACGAUAUAUAGUAUUUAGUAAUGACGAUAGAACGGCACGGCAGCGCGCAAUUAAAUGAGCAGGAUGAGGUUGCUCAAAC